AGCUUUCACACGGUUCCAUACAGCUAAUGAACAGAGAGUCAGACACCACCAGACGAGACCCAGACUCAGGACUAUAUAACACACACAGACAGUCACAUCACUAACAGAGACGUCAGGCGAAGAGACCCACAGACAUACAGGACUGGGCAUUGUGGGUGAAAACCUCUUCCAGUGCUUUUUUAGUGACUGAGACGCACAGGGGACGCAGAGGACGACCGUGGCCCAGUCACCAUCAUCCCACCUCGCACACUAUGGAUGCCAUGCAGCUGGCUAUGACCACCACAUUGCUGCUCGGCAGUUGGAGCUGGCUGUGUCGAGCCUCGCCCUCCAAUGACCCCUGGGCUCAGUGUCCUUCCGCCAGGAUCUGCAGGACCAAAUUCGCAGAUGGAACAUGUGACAAGGAGUGCUCUGCACCCGAGUGUCUGAAAGAUGGGUUCGACUGCCUGAGCAAGAAUCAUGGAGAGUGCAUGCCAAAGUACAGACAAUACUGCCGAGACCAUUAUGGCAACUCCUACUGUGAGAAGGGGUGUUCCAGUGCCCCCUGCGGCUGGGAUGGGAGUGAUUGCCUUAACAACCAAAGACCUCUCUGGGCGAGGGGUACUUUGAUCCUCCAUACUCACAUUCCUGCACAGGAUGUCCCAUCUCAGAACAGUUCUUUGCUCUGGGCCCUCAGCAUUCUCCUGCAAACUGUUCUCAAACUGCGAGGGGUUGCGCCCUUCCACUCUAGCCGUAACCUGUUCACACUUGACUCCCAGGAGCUUGCUGACCUGUUGACUCUGAAGUCCACACAUGACAACAAUGGGUCACUGUGGUACCUCCAAGUUGAUAACAGGCCAUGCUCCAGCCUGCCCUCUACCUGUUUCCCAGUUGCCACUGAAGCAGCAAACUUCCUGCACACAAUGAUGACAUCGAAGCAUUCGCAGUCUUCAUUCCCAGAGGUUCGAGCAGUCAUCGCAGUGCGGGGAGUUACGGAGGAACUGGGAGAGCGAGACGUGGACACACAGGGAGAGGAAGUGAACACGACCCCCUCAUGGAUAUGGGCAGUGAUUGGCGUGGCAGCUGGGCUGGGAUUAGCCCUGGCCAUAUUAGUUAUUGUGCUGCUGAGACGGGCCCGGCAGUGCAGAGCGGACAGGGAGGCAGGGCAGAGGGUGCGACACAGAUCGACAGUUACAGACAGUGACCACCGGGGACAGUCAUGGGCGCAACACAUACCGCACAGAGAAGAAAGGAAAAGAGUGGGGAGGGAGAAAGAGAGGAAUGGGCUGAAGAAGAAAAAGAAGGGGAAAGAGAACGGAAAGAAGCGCAGAGAGCCCCUUGGAGAGGAUGCUAUUAGACUACGCCCCCUCAAAAAGGAACUGGACAUAGGAAGUGAUACAGAUAUUACCCAGAGUUCUAUGGAGGACAUCAACAUGAGGUGCUCACAACGACAGGGAGAUGACUCCAUCUGUGACCACAGACCUCAGGAGCAGAAGAACUUCCGAGUCUCGGCUAGCCAUUCACAAUCACCUGCACCGGCGCCCCCUGGAGGAUGGGAGAGAAACACGGCCCCACCACAUAACAGGAUGCAAAAUUCUGCCCCUGUUCAGUGGUGCGGCCCAGACGGAUCUGUGGUCCUGAUCCGUGCAGUCAGGAGCGGCCUCGACCGGGUGGUUCUAGAGCUGCUGAGAGCUGGGGUGCCAGUCAACAACACAGACCACACUGGGAGGUCAGCUCUUCACUGGGCAUGUUCAGUUAAUCACCUCUCCCUGGCACGAACCCUCAUUCGCUACGGUGCAGCAGUGGACCUGCAGGACUACAAGGGUGAAACUGCUCUCUUCCUCUCCGCCCUCAAUGGUUGCUACGACACUGCUCGGUUCCUCCUCCUCCACGGGGCCAAUCAGGAUUUGGCUGAUCGCCGAGGUCGACGCCCGCUGGACGCCGCUCGUGAGGGGCUGCAUCACCAUGUCCUGGAGCUGCUGUUGGCUCACAGGACUCAGAGAGGGCCUCCCUCCACCGACACAGCCAAUGACAUGUCAUGGGAGGACCGUGCCCCCUAUUCGCCAUGGGCUGCACAGCCUGGCCUUCCUGGGAGAAGUGCUUCCUUUUCUGGAGUCAUAGGUCACCGGGAAAUGUUGCCACCUCACUGCAGUGAUUGGUCAGCAGGAAGAGACCGGUGUGCCUCCCCCCAAGAGUGGCGCCCCCCAUCAUACCAGACAGCAACAGCACUGGUCUCUCCCAGAAUCCUCGGCCGCCCACCCCGGCCAAUCAGCACUCUGCAGGAAGUAACCUCAGAAGCAGAGGAGGAGGAUGCAGAAAGGCUCCAGGAAGCUGCUCGGGCCGCCACGCCUCAUUUCUUGUCCCCCCAGCCAGCACCCAGGCAGCGGUCCUUCUCAUGCACUCAGCAUGCACUGCAGCGUCGCUCGAGUGAUAACCAAUUUGAACAAGCCAUUGCCGCCUCACCAGUGAAGCCAGCCAAAGAGCCUGUAGAGAUAGUGGUGUCAAGCCCUCCUGCUGAAGCUCCCAGCCAUUUAGAGGUCAAGGCAGCAGCUGACCUCUCCAGUAAAGUCCAAACAGACACUGAGUCUGGCAGUGGCAGGAACUGCAACCAGAAAACAAAGAGUGAGAAAAUAAGCUAUACCAGUGUUGAUUCUGAGACGUCUGCCCACACUGCCCUGUGAGAGAGGAAGACUGACUGGACACUUCACUCUAGAUGCCGCAUACAAACUUGCUCAACCUGUGCUUAUCAAAAUGUGCCUCAUGCAUAGUGCCAGAAAUCAAGAAA